AUGUUAAUUGAUUGCAGUUACUUGAAAAGAGGGGUUAAUGAUAGGGGAAGAGUUGCAAAUGAUGUUGAAACAGAGCAAAUUGUCCUUGAUGAAGAUGCUGGAUCAUGCAAAGGGAAAAUGAGUUCUGUUGUGCAGAUGCGUGGUUCGAUUCCCCUUUUCUGGUCACAAGAAGCUUCGCGAUUUAGUCCUAAACCUGAUAUAGUCUGUAAGGCCAUUGAUUCAACCCAUUUGAUUAGUUUGUUGUUGAGUCUUGCAACUGUUGAAAAAAGGCCUAGAGAAAUGAUUGUAAGGCGUGAGUUUGCUAAUGCAGUUGGGUAUCUAAACACAAUUCUCCCAGAAGAAAAACAACUUCAGUUUAUCCAUUGGGACUUUCACAAGUUUGCAAAGAGCAAGUCUGCCAAUGUUUUGGCUGUUUUGGGUGCUGUGGCAAGUCAAGCACUUGAUUUGACUGGUUUUUUCUUUAGUGGUAAACCCAGCACUGUUAAGAGGAGAGCCAACGCUCUUAGUCGAACAAGCACCGGAAGGGAUGCUUCUCUUAGAGAUCUAAGAGCUAGUUCUGGAGAUCUUGCAAGGAUUGGGAGUAAUAAUGAGAAUCUAAAUUCUUUGAUAAAUCGGGAUAGAGAGAGUGAUUCCAGUCAACUGGAUAGAGAGAGUGAUUUCAGUCAACUGAAAAAACAAGAUAAGGUUGGUGCUGAAGGACCACAUUUUCAGAGUGGAGUUCUUCGCACCAACUGCAUUGACUGCUUGGAUCGUACAAAUGUUGCUCAGUAUGCUUAUGGUCUAGCGGCUUUAGGACGCCAACUCCAUGCAAUGGGUCUGACAGACAUGCCCAAAGUUGAUCCUGAUAGUACCAUUGCUGCUGCUCUUAUGGAUAUGUAUCAAAGUAUGGGGGAUGCUCUUGCCCAGCAAUAUGGUGGUUCUGCUGCUCAUAACACUGUGUUUCCUGAGAGGCAGGGAAAGUGGAAAGCUACAACUCAAUCAAGGGAGUUUAUUGAAUCUAUCAAGCGCUACUACAGAAAUGCAUACACUGAUGGUGAAAAGCAAGAUGCAAUAAAUUUAUUUCUGGGUUACUUUCAACCUCAGGAAGGGAAAUCUCCUCUUUGGGAGUUGGAUUCAGACUACUAUCUUCAUGUCUAUGGGAAUGCAAUAGGAGAAGUAGACCCCCCUAUCCAGAUAAGUGAAACCAAUGCUAAGCCUGUAGGGGUUGGAAUAACUCUUGCCCCCAUUCCAGCUUGUAGGGACGACUUUUCAAGAAUGAAGUUGACAUCAUUUGAUAAAUUGAUUGACCGGACAGGUGCUAUAAAGAAUGUAAGACUUUGUAGUGAACCUGAUCACAGACCAGGUGGCAGUGCAGGAAAUUCUGGUGUGGCUCCUGAUGCAGUUGAAAUACAGCUCAAAACCCCAAAUUGGCUUUUUGGCCAGAAAAAGUAUGAAGAGAGUGGCAGUGCCCCCAAGGCUGCUAAAAGUGAAAUCGAAAAUGGAGCGCCUUAUAAAGAGAUUGAUGUCGAUGAUUACUCAGAAUUAAAUUGGCUUUCUUCUGUUGGUGAUAUCAAUGAAGAGGAUAUCUUUCAGAGGUACUUUUAUAUAUUGUCUCCCCAUCUUUCUGAGAGACCACCUUGCUCGCUUUCUAUGAGUCAAGGUUGA